UCAUCUCUUUCAAAGAGCAGACUGUUGAACAGCACACCGAUGAUAUAGAAAGAGAAACAGAGGUGAGGUAGACUAGAGAGAGAGAGAGAGAGAACCUUCUUAGAUCUGCAAGUUUUUUUUUAAUCUUUGAGCUCAUUCUUAAAUUGGGUCACGAGUGUUCAACGUGAAACCUCUUAUCUUUCACUGAGUGGACUCGCAUUGAUUCACUGUGUCGACCCAUUAUCAAGCUCAUCGUCUGCCUCUCUCUCUCUCUCUCUCUCAGUGAAAGUUUAAGGUGGGUUUGUAAAUUUUGUUUGCAUUUGGGGAAUAUUGAUGAUCUGCGGCAUGAAACGUGAUUUUCCGGAUUGGGUAUAGAGUUUUUCCGGAUGAGCUCUGGCAGUGGAAAGCCUUGAAUUGGAGGAAGAAGAUGUGGAAUUAAGGCCUAGAAGAGAAAAUGUUCAAGUCGGCGCGAUGGAGGACCGAGAAGAACAAGGUCAAAGCAGUUUUCAAAUUACACUUCCACGCAACUCAGUUGGCACAGGUGAGAGGGGAUGGAUUGAUGAUAUCCUUGGUUGCUGCGGAUGUUGGAAAGCCAACAGUGAAAUUGGAGAAAGCAACAAUUCGAGAUGGAAGCUGUUACUGGGAAAAUCCUGUCUCUGAAACUGUGACUUUCUUUCGUGAGCCAAAAUCGGGAAAGAUUCGUGAGAAAAUUUACUAUUUUGUCGUAUCAACUGGAUCGUCAAAAGCUGAUCUUGUGGGAGAUGUUUCAAUAGAUUUUGCAAGCUAUGCUGAAUCCCCCAAGCUUUCCUCUGUGUCUCUUCCUCUUAAGAACGCAAAAUCCGAUGCUGUUUUGCAUGUUUCAAUUCAAAGGUUGCAGGAAAAUGUUUAUCAAAGAGAGGAUGAGGAAACAGAAACUACAAAAAAUCAUGCAGUGGAAAGAAGCUUGAAGACACAAUUACCCGUUGGUGACACAAAUGGAAGCAUCAAAAACGAUUCUAGUGAGGAUGGGCCUUUCAAUAAAACAAUUUCACAUAUUACUGAGGUGAAUGGGAACGACCACCGGGCCUCUAGUGGAUCUGAUCUUACAAUAUCAAGCUCUGAGAGCAUCUCCGGGCUUGACACCCCUAGAGAAUUCAGAGUAAAGAAUAAUAAUGUCCACCUGAACCCUACAAGCUUCCUAUCAUCUCCGAAAUUGGUGCUUCAGAAAUCAACCUCCAAUGUCUCUACAACAAUCCAUGAAGAGCAGCAGAGAUCACAGUGGGAGUGGUUAGGAGGUUCAGCUCCGGAAGCAAGUACAGAUGAUUCAUCAACCAGUCCUGACGAUGCCCUUUUGGGAGAGAAGUCUCAAGAGGCUUUGGACAACGUGAUUGAAAAGCUCAAAACUGAACUUUCGUCUUUGUCUAGGCAUGCAGAAAUGUUGGAGUUAGAAUUACAGACUUUAAGAAAGCAAAUCGUGAAAGAGGGCAAAAAGGGGCAAGAUCUCUUCAAAGAAGUUGUCAGCCUGAAAGACGAGAGAAAUGCGCUUAAGGAAGAAUGUGAAAAACUCAAGGCCUUCAAAAGCAAGUCGAAGUUUGAAGGAGGGAAUCCCCGUACUCUUCUUGAAGAACUCAGACAAGAAAUAAAUUACGAAAAGGACCUUAAUGCAAAUCUUCGGAUACAACUUCAAAAGACGCAAGAAUCAAACUCGGAGUUGAUUCUUGCUGUACGUGAUCUAGAUGAAAUGUUGGAGCAGAAGGAUAGGGAAAUUUUUAAGCUUUCUAAUGGAUCUAGAACUGGUGAGAAUGCUGGAGAAUCGCGAGAAACUAAUUCAAAAUCGGAAACAGAUGAUGAUGAUGAAGAGCAAAAAGCCCUCGAAGGGCUCGUUAAGGAGCAUAGCGAUGAGAAGGAAGCACAUAUGCUGGAGGAAAAGAUCACAGACCUUUAUAGUGAUUUAGCGAUCUACCAGAGAGAUAAAGAUGAACUAGAGGUGCAGAUGGAGCACCUUGCCCUUGACUACGAGAUCUUGAAGCAGGAAAACCAUGAACUUUUAUAUAAACUUGAGCAAAGUCAAGUACAAGAACAACUGAAGUUGCAGUAUGAGUGUUCGUCUUCUUUUGCUACUGUUAAUGAACUUGAAAUCCAGAUUGAGAAUUUGGAAAGUGAACUCAACAAGCAGGCGACCGAAUUCUCCGACUCUUUAGCCACCAUAACUCAACUAGAAACACAUAUCAAGGAUUUGGAGGAUGAUCUGGAAAAGCAGGCUCAAGGAUUUGAAGCUGAUUUGGAGAUUCUUACACGUGCCAAAGUUGAGCAGGAGCAGAGAGCCAUAAGAGCAGAGGACGAUUUGAGGAAGAUGCGAUCGAAAAAUGUUAACACGGCAGAGAGGCUUCAGGAGGAAUUUAGAAGGCUUUCGAUGCAAAUGACGUCCACUUUUGAAGCAAAUGAAAAGAUGGCUACAAAAGCGCUAACAGAAGCUGGUGAACUCCGGCUGCAGAAGAAUCACCUAGAAGAAUUGCUUCAGGUUGCAAAAGAAGAGCUUGAGAUAGUUAGGGACCAUUACGAAGCAAAAUUGCACGAGCUUUCCAGUCAAAUAAGCAUCAAGGUCACGCAAAUAGAAUGGAUGGAAUCAGAAAUUGAAGCCAAGUCGAAGCAGCUUGAACAAGGAAAGAAGAAUGGGGAAGAAACUCGUAGGGUUCUCUCACAUGAUAUAAUAAUGCUCAGAGCGGAGAUUGAAAUGCUUAAAACAGAGAAUAAUAUCCUUUCUGAUGAACGGGAACAAAUGAAGGCAUCUAUGAAGGAAACUGAAAUGCUGCUACAAAGAGGAAACGCGGAAAGGAGUGAGAUGGAAAGUGUGAUUGCUUUGUUGAGGAAGGAAGCGGACAAGUCAAUGGAGGAACAAAACAUUCUUAAGAGCCUAAAGGAUGAAAAGGAAUCGAUAAUCAGAAAUCUGAAAUUGGAGUUGGAGAGUCUUAAAUCUGAGUGUAAUGAAUUGGAACGUUCUUUGGUCGAGAAUGAAUUUGAGAAAGAGAAACUGAGGAAGGAGGUAUUGCAGCUAAAAGGCAACCUAAAGAAGAAGGAGGAUGCAUUAAACAGUUUGGAGAAGAAGCUCAAGGACAACAACAGUCGGUCUACAGUCUUGGAUGGAACAAAAACACCUUCAAGAAACAAUAAAUCUGCUGCUGUUACUCGUGGUCCUAAAGAGAUUGCGAAUCUGAAGGACAAAUUAAAACUGCUCGAGGGUCAGAUAAAGUUGAAGGAAGCUGCUCUUGAGACAUCAACGAAUUCAUUUUUAGAGAAGGAGAAAGAUCUUCAGAAUAAAAUUGAAGAGUUAGAAAGAAGAUUGGAAGAACUCAAUGAAAAUAGUGCCCAAUAUGAAUUCCAAAAGGUAGCUAAGGAUUCCAAGAACAUUACUAUCAAUAGCAUACCUGAAGAGGUGAACAUUACAGCUGAAAGCAAUAAUGAAAUUUCAUCAGAGAAAGCGAUGGAAGCCUCUGCAUUAAAUGCCAGAGAUGAAAGGAACCUUGAUGAAUUGUUAAAUGAAAUGGCAUUACUGAGAGAGAGGAACAAAUCAAUGGAAGAUGAACUAAAAGAAAUGCAAGAGAGAUAUUCAGAGAUAAGUCUUAAGUUUGCAGAGGUAGAAGGCGAGAGGCAACAACUCGUAAUGAAAGUACGUUACCUUAAGAAUGCAAGAAAGAUCUAAUAAACUUUCCCGACAAAACUGGAAACUUGAAACCAUUCAUAAAUGAAGCAACUGGCUCUCUGCCCAGAAAUGCUCAUAUGUACAUUGGUAAUACACUUCCUUUUUCUUUCUUUC